AUGUCCAGCUCCAGCUCCUCCAUGUCCUCCUCCCCUCUUCCUCACCUCCGUAUCACCCUCACCAUCUUGAUCACCUCCACGCCCACCACGAUAGGCACGGCCCCUACCCCGCUCAACAGCGCUCACCUCGCUCUCACCCGGCAAUCUCUCGGGUUUGCCCAGCGCGUCGAAGAUGAUGAUGCCGAUGAAGAGGACGGCGUACACCAGCUCGUACAACGACUCCAGGCAGAACGAGACGCGUGGAGGGGUUGA